AUGAAGUUCACGAUCCUUGCCUUCUUCCUGGCCAUGAUUGCCUCGGCCUAUGCGUGGUCGGAAUGUAUGCUUGAGUGCGCAGAGGCGGCCGCUUCCAGUGCCGGCUGUUCUAGCAACUAUAAUGCAACCUCCUGCAUGUGCGACAAUACCGUCUUUAUGACUGACGUCAAGGCUUGUCUGUACGGUGACUGCAAGAGUGAUGUGACGACUUUCUUCAGCUUCCGCUCUGGUAUCUGCUACAGCACCUCGACUACCACCGCCUCUUCGGACUCCUCCACCAGCACUUCCAGCAGCUCCUCUUCCUCCUCUUCCAGCAGCGGCUCUUCCGGUCUUAGCCACGGUGCCCAGGCCGGCAUUGCUGUCGGCUGCAUUGUCGGCGGAGGCCUUGUGUCUGGUAUGGCCGUUUACUUCUUCCUUCGUCGCCGCAAGUCCAAGAAGGAACAGGCUACGCGCGAGGCUGAGGAGCGCCUUCCGGAGAAGGACACUGCUUCUAGAAGGUCCAGCGUCACUGUUUAG